GGGAUGAGAGCAGCGGAAGUUUCCGCCCCAGCCCCGCCUCCGCCCCCGGCUCAAGUAAACUGGGUGUUUCCUGCCUCUCUCAGUCCGGAUUUGGAGACUCCGCGUCCUCCGACUUUUCAUGGAAGAGAUGUCAGGAGAAAGUGUGGUGAGCUCAGCGGUGCCAGCAGCUGCUACCCGCACGACUUCCUUCAAGGGUGCCAGUCCCAGCUCUAAGUACGUGAAGCUGAAUGUCGGGGGAGCCCUCUACUACACCACCAUGCAGACGCUAACCAAGCAGGACACCAUGCUGAAAGCCAUGUUCAGUGGGCGCAUGGAAGUGCUCACGGAUAGUGAAGGCUGGAUCCUCAUUGACCGGUGUGGGAAGCACUUUGGUACGAUUCUCAACUACCUUCGAGAUGGGGCUGUCCCCUUGCCUGAGAGCCGCCGGGAGAUCGAGGAGCUGCUAGCAGAAGCCAAGUACUACCUGGUCCAGGGCCUGGUGGAAGAGUGCCAGGCAGCCCUACAACAGAACAAAGAUACUUACGAGCCUUUCUGCAAGGUUCCUGUCAUCACCUCAUCCAAGGAAGAACAGAAACUUAUAGCGACUUCAAAUAAGCCAGCUGUGAAGUUGCUCUACAACAGAAGUAACAACAAAUACUCAUAUACCAGCAAUUCUGACGACAAUAUGUUGAAAAACAUUGAACUGUUUGAUAAGCUGUCUCUGCGUUUUAAUGGAAGGGUCCUCUUCAUAAAGGAUGUCAUUGGGGAUGAAAUCUGCUGCUGGUCCUUCUAUGGUCAGGGCCGCAAGAUUGCUGAGGUGUGUUGUACCUCCAUCGUCUAUGCCACCGAGAAGAAGCAGACCAAGGUUGAGUUCCCUGAAGCCCGUAUUUAUGAGGAGACCCUGAAUAUUCUGCUGUAUGAGGCCCAGGAUGGCCGGGGACCUGACAAUGCGCUCCUGGAGGCCACAGGUGGAGCAGCCGGGCGCUCCCAUCACCUGGAUGAGGACGAGGAGCGGGAGCGAGAGAGGAUCGAGCGUGUGCGGCGAAUCCACAUCAAGCGUCCUGACGACCGGACCCACCUCCACCAGUGAGCAGGCCAGUGGACCCAGCCGCCCUCCUCUUUCCUCCGCCUUCCUCCCCACCCUGCCACACUCAGAUUCCUGCAGGCUUCUGGGCACCUUCAUCUUCCCCUGGAGUCUGAAGAUACUUUUGUAACUAGCCAGAUGAUUAUUUUGAUACUUUUCGACAAGGUGAAUUGCUCCUGCCUUGACCCAGGUGUAUGCACCCCAUAGUUGAACAAGCUAUGUCCAAGGUCUCUGCUUUUCGUGAGAAUCUGGAGCCAGGCUUUCUUGGUUCUCAGAGGAAAAGUAUGAAUGAGCGUGAAACGUACGUGAGAACUUCGUUUGCAGUAUUUAUUUUUGUGGGUGCUGAGUCCCUAUUAGGGCUUCUUGAGUGACACUCCCUUAAGGUUUCAGUUUGACAAUUCUGAGAGGGGCUCUCCAGGUGGUGGCCACUAGAGGUGUCUGAGCUUUGUAUUUCCUAAACUUUUAGCCUCAGCUGACUGGUUCCUGGUUCCUGUACCUUCUGCCUGGGCACAAUCUCCAUGACUUUCCUGGGAAUCCAUUCUGCAACAUGGUUCUGUCCCUAGGGCUUAUUGAUAAAUAGUUUCAGCUUGUGGCUGUGAAAAUGAGGCCCAAUGAGGGCCACUGCUUCUAACGAGUUUAUUUUAAUACAUCUUUGGGUGUAAAAUAUUUGCUGCCUUGGCUGACUUUUGGUCUGGUGCUUGCUGGGACGACAGCACGCCUGGCAAGGAGUAGAGCUUUCUUUGGCAGUGAGUGCCCAGCUCUCUUCCCAUCUCCUGCCCCUUCCACUUGCUGUCCUUGUCGACCCACUCCAAUCCUCCAAGGCCGCCUGACCAGCUGCAGGUGAAACCUGCACACUGCCGCUCCACAGCGCCUACUCCUUUCUCCUGGGCCGCCUUCCCGUUACUGUAGACUUGCUUCAGCAGGUGGGUGCCUUGCCCUUUGCUCAGGAACUCGGUGCGGCCCCAGACUUAGUUCUACCAGCCAGACACCCCUCACCCACCAGCCCGAGGGAGCUUGCCUGUGCACACAGCAGUCACCUGGAGAUCCCUUCUCGUUUUGUCUCUGAUUUCUAUGCAGAAUAGAGUGGCCAUCAGUGAACAGGUUGAGAGGAUGUACGGAUACCUUUGGGUCUGGUUUGUGUCCAUGUUCAUAUUUGUUUAGGGAAUGUGUGUGACUGUUAGUGAGGAUGUGUGUUUGUGGGGCACAGGUGGCCCGAGCUGGAGCCUGCCGUGCAUGGUGCUCAUUAGGACAGAUGUUCUCAGUUACCUACCUCCCAGCCUCCUCUGCACCUGCACAGGAGCAGAAGUGAAUUAUGACUGACGUGGGUGGUUGAGACUAGACUAGGUAGAAUAGUUAUAAGAAGGUAUGAGUAUGUGUCAGGUAAGGGAUGGUUUGCUUGCAAGGAAUCAUUACUGUUUUAUACCAAAGGUAUUAACAUGGGCAGCCUUUCACACCUGUAUCCAAAAAACGAGUUUCUCUUUUGCAACGGUUUUUACAGCUUAGACUUUGUACCUGUGACAGUCGUCUGCCUUUCUUUUGUAUCCAGCAGCAAAGCCUACAUUAUUUAAAACUUUAAAACAAUCAAGACCGAACCUGAAAACGAGGUAUUGGGUAGAUGCUUUUUAAACUGUCGUGUGGGAAACUUUUAUAUGAGGCUAUUUGGGUUUUAUUAAGGCUAAGGAAAGGGAGCUUACAAAAUAAUGUUUCGUAAGUAUUUUAUACUGUUUAGGUUUUAAACGUCAACCCUGCCGUCUGGGUUAAACUUUUUAAAGUUAAAGUGAAUGUCAGUUCUGAUGUUUUCUGUUGGAAUGGAAAAGCCAUUGUGUAAAUUGUGCUUUUUAAGUGUCUGUGUGACUAAGUUUGUGAAACAAUCGACUUGUUCCGGCUUUCAUGUACGUAUGCCUUAUGUAUGACUUGCCGUUGCUGGCAGCUCUUGGUACCUUUACUUUCCUUCAACUUUGCACCUGUAAGUUUGCAUCUCUGCCUCCCAGGGAUUCAAACAGGUUUGUAAACAUUCCGUGGUGAAUGAUUUCGUCAGCUGCAUCUAGCCAGGAGCUGACAGACAAGUGUUGGCUGGUCCAAGCUCUGCCAUCAAAUAGACUGUACAAGGAAAGGAACUGACUUUUCACAUGUUAGCACUAAGAGCAAAAGUCAAGAUUUUUAUUUAUGAACCAUCUAAAUAAACACUGGCGUAAGCUUUGCUGCAGAGCAAGGUUUUAUUUUGCUAUAAGAGCUUACAGUUAAAAAUUGGAACAGCUUUUGCUCCAUGGUAAUCAAGCACAGUCUUUGUUUUGAGUAAGUCUUCUGAGGGUGGUGACAGGGGUCCGAGCAGCGCCUGCGCACCCUUCCUGCUGCCUUCUUAUGGUGGACGUGCAGGUUGACCUCUGCAGGUCCCCAGUCCCCGCGUAGGUGUUCGCCUGGACCUUACAGUUGCUGUUCAGGACCUACGCGUGCCACCCCCUCUCCCGGGUUACCUUUAGGGCUUCACUCUAAGACACUGUAACACUUUCAAGUGCAUCGUUAACCUUUCCGUCUCCCUGUGCUAUGAAGACAAUGCUGUCAGUUUUAAGAGUAGUCACUGUUUUUCUCUUGUAUAAGCGUUCGUAAACAUUUGUAAAAUAAAAAUUAUGCCAUGCUUCUGGUCAAA